AUGACCGAAGCCGCCCAAGUACAAGAUCCGGCUCAGGAAGAGCGCAGUUCUGUGCAGCAGAUUCUCGAGACCAAAGAAUAUGAAACGAAUCCCGAGUUGCUACCAUGGUACACCAAAGAGCUUGAGGAGCCAAGUCCUGCGACAAGAGACAUUUUUGAGAAGUAUAGCAAGAUACCACCGGCGGAUGUAGUCACUCACAUUAAACGUGUGAGAGAUGACGCAUUUACGGUUUUCCCGUAUCCUUGCCUGGGAAACUGGGGCUUCUUGAAUUUCUCCAUUGGGGUGAACCCCGCCUACCAGGAAGUUCUCAGUCGGAUCAAGAGCGGGGAAAAAUUCCUCGAUCUGGGAUGUUGUAUGGGCCAGGAUGUCCGCAAGUUGGUUCAUGAUGGCGCCCCCUCAGAGCAUAUGUAUGCAUCCGAUCUCAAGAAGAACUUCUGGGGAAUUGGUUAUCAUAUGUUCUUGGACAAGUCAACCCUGCAGACGCAAUUUGUGGAAGCCGACAUCUUUGACACCGACUCGGCGCUGAAGCAGAUGGAUGGGAAGAUGGAUGUGAUCAACGCCGCGUCCUUCUUUCACCUGUUCGACUGGGACCAACAGGUGAGGGCAGCCAAGCGUGCUGUUCAGUUGUUGAAGCCAGUAUCUGGAAGCCUUAUUGUUGGACGACAGGGCGGCAAGCCUGAAGCUGGCAGUUUCGCACAUGUCAUGAAGGAGAUGACUGCUUUCUGGCACAAUCCUGAGUCGUGGGCGAAGAUGUGGAAGCAGGUUGGAGACGAGACUGGAACAGAUUGGGUGGUUCAAGCUGUACUUGGCGAGGAAGAUCUAUCAAAGAGGAUGAAGACUAGUCUGGUGCCUGCUGAGCUCAUAAACAUCCACUCGGCCUUCCACGCCGGCGCCUACCAGCAGGUUCUCGAUUUCGAUACUUCAAAUUUCUCCUCGUCAAAUGCGCUUCCCCUUCGCGUCCUCCAGCUCCGCAGUCGAAUCGCGCUCGGCCAAGCACAAGCCGUCUCCAACGAACUCGCAUCCGAGAAGACACCAGAUCUGAUCGCAGUGAAGCUGCUAGCCGACUAUGAGCAGUCCAAGGACGUAGUAGGUCAGGCGAAGAAGCUGGCAGAGCAACAUGGGCAGGACAACUUGACGGUGCAGCUUUGCGUGGGCAUGAUAUUAGAAAGAGCGGGCGAGACUGAGGCCGCGCUCAAUGUGUUGAGCAAGCACCAAGGCAGUUUGGACGCCGUUGCACUCAUCGUACAAAUCCACCUCCAACAAAACCGCACAGAUCUCGCUGCAAAAGAGGCUCAGCGUGCACGGAAAUGGGCACAAGAUAGCCUGCUUGUCAACAUCGCCGAGAGUUGGGUUGGCAUGCGAGAAGGCGGCGAGAAGUACCAAUCUGCAUUCUACGUCUUCGAGGAACUAGCCACGAGCUCUCAAUCCACCUCCCCACACUCCCUCGUCGCACAGGCCGUAUCAGAACUCCACCUCGGCCGCCUCCCGGAAGCCGAAGCCGCUCUACAACAAGCGCUUUCCAUCGACGGCACUUCUGCCGACACACUCGCCAACCUCAUCGUCCUUAACACGCUGCUUGGUAAGAAGGAGGACGCUGAGCAACUCAAGUCACAAUUGCAAUCUUCUGCACCACAGCAUAGGGCUAUUGCAGACUGGGCGAGCAAGAAAGAGGAGUUCGCAAAGGCGGCAGCAAAAUACACGCCAAAGUUCGAGGUUGCCUCAUAG